UCACUUUACGCUCAGCUUUAAGCUCAUCUCAAAAUAAAAAAAUUUCCUUCAUAAUUAAUUUAAAAUUUUUAUUUAAAUCAAAAUCUAGUGAUUACUGAAUGUUAAAAUUGUAAUAAACUGCAGUAAUGGUUGGUUUAACAGACCAUAAUAUCCAAUUGCAAGCUCGAAUUCGUGUUGGCAAUGAUUUUGGAAGAAUUCUUUAUAUGGGCCCAGUCGAGGGUCAUGAAGGUUUGUGGAUAGGUAUUGAGUGGGAUGAUCCUUUGCGUGGACGACAUAAUGGAACUGUCAAUGGAUGUUUCUAUUUCGAAACCAGGUUCCCAAAAAGUGGAUCUUUAAUUCGUUCUGAGAAAAUUGACAAGUUUGAAACGUUGGAGCAAGCUAUCCAGGAACGUUAUUUGGCACCCGAGCCCCAAUCUUAUGUUGACGAUGAACUUUUAAUACAAGCUCGUGAUGCUUUGUCAGCUCCUUUUAUGAAAGUUGUAGGAAUGGAUAAAUUACGUGAACGACAAAGCAACUUAGAGUUCCUGGAAGAUAUAACAAUUUGCCACUCGACUAUAAAUCAAGCUGGCAAACUAAAACUUAAUAAUCUACGAUCGCUUUGUCUACAAUCGUCAUGCAUCGCCAACUGGAAAGUCGUCAAUGAUAUUGUCCAACAAAUUCCAUCUCUGCGAUGUUUGGAUUUAAGUUUUAAUCGAGUUAUGACGCCAAGCAUCGAAGACGAGAUAUUAAAAUUCGAUAAACUCGACUCAUUAAUUUUGAACUCUUGUGGUUUAUCAGAUUGGAAUGACGUGCUUACAAUAGCUCGUAUGUGUCCAAAUCUUCGUGAAUUCUCUCUAAAACAAAAUGACAUAAAGCAUUUGAGUGAUUCUUCAGAAUCAUUACAAAAUUUAGAAAUUCUGAUCAUUGGUGAGAAUUCAAUCAGUCAAUUUGAUGAAAUUCUUAAAUUAAGUAAUCUGCCGAUGUUAAAAGAACUUUUGGUAAACAACAAUCAAUUUACAAGUGUCAAGUUACCUGAUUGCAAUCACACUUCUCGAUUGGGAAAUUUCAAAAGUCUUGAAACUCUCAAUUUACGUCAUAAUCCUAUUGUUGAUGAAGUCGAUAUGUUCAAUGAACUUGACAAACUUUCCACGCUUUGUCGUUUGUCGUACAUGAAUCAGAAGGUGCCAGAAAACAGUGAUGGAACUUAUAUUGAUACAUUCCUUCAAGCAGUCGGCAUGAUUGAAAAACUGCUUUCUUUCAAUCGAAGUGAGAUUGACAAGACACAAAGAAAUGACGCAAUGUAUGAAAUGUGGAAGAAACUUGCUGCUGAAUACAUGGCAGCUUGUGGCGAAGGUGAUGCAAAACUAAAUGAAUUCUAUGAGACCCAUCGUUGUUAUCCGAGAUUACUAACAAAAUAUGGAAGUCCAGAUCAACUUCUUCUACAACAACAACGGAAACGUGUAACAACAAUUGAAGUUCAAUUCAAAAAUGUCACAAAUGGAAAAAUGUAUCGUAAAAAAGUUCCAUUGGCUAUGACCACCCACACACUUUAUGGUUUGAUUUAUAAAAUUGCCGCACUACACACAUGUUCAGGAAUGGAUUUGAAAUCAUUCAAACUUUACUACAUUGACGCCUACAACAAUAAUAUCAAAGUUUAUCUUGAUAAUUUGUCAAAGUCUCUCGAUUAUUAUUCGCUUUCUAAUGGUGAUGUGAUUUAUAUUGAAAAGUAAAAUGUUUCGAUGCCUUUUUUCCUUUAAAUUUCUUCAAAAAUUAAGUUAUGUCUUUCGCUUCUAUAUGUUUGCUUGAAUUUCACAAGCAAAAAUAAAAUAACAAUUUUCAAAAUUCAAGAAA